AUCACCAGCAACAACUGGCGGAUUUUCAGUUGAGGAGCAUUUAAUUCGAGCGGAGCGGGUGCUAGACGAGAGAUAACCUAGCCGCAAAAAGGAGGGAAGGGAGAUUCGGUGGAUCGUUUUAUCAACAAACAUAAGAUAUCUGCAUAUUACACUGUAUGUUUCACUGCAAGAAAGUCGCCAUGAAAUGCCCCAGCUAUGAAGCCACCAGGGCAAGCAACGUGGAGAAAAGCUCUGCUGCAGAGUCAAAGGUGCUCCACCUCAAAGCGUCCCCAAGGAAGGAGACUAACCCCAUCAAACCUCAGUGUCCACCUGCAGAAGUAACCAACAACACUACCGGAGCAGUGCACAACAAGGAAAAUAGCACCAGCAGGGAACACGACAGGUCUCUAGAUGAAGUGUUUGAGGACAGUGGCUACCUGUCUCUACAAAACAGUCAGAUUGAUGAUCAUCAUGGGGAGGAGGAAGACUAUACCAAGAAGAAAACAGAAGCUUUGUUGUCUCCAGGUGCUACACACCAUGAAAAGACAAUUAAAUCCCCCUCCAAACGUCAAACAAACCGUUGUCUAGUGCCUCAAGUGGCAGCUUCCACUCCUGUGGAUUGCCACAGAAGAAAAGCAUCCACAUACUCGCUGUCAUCCACCCCAAGAGACAAUUACAGUGAUCCCAACCUGCCCAUACUGAAGUUCCAGCGGGCCGUUUGUGAAAAGCUCUCCAAGAGUUAUCAGAAGAAUAAGCGGUAUGACUGGACCAUCCCCUCACAAGUAGCAGAAGAUCAUCUUCUGGAUCGAGUGAUCGGAGGUCAUAUGGGCCUGGAGCAUGUUGACGUGUUUUCAACUCUACUGUCCAGGGGCAUGAGAAGCAUCUUGACCAAAAUCCUGGCCCUGCUGAGUGACUUGGACCUCAUUAGCUGUAAAAGGGUGAGCAGGACAUGGAGGAAGAUCAUCUGUGAGGACAAAGCCGCACUGAGCAGAUGUCAAAACGCCAAGCAGGUUCUCAGGGAACCAUGGAGAGGAUGUGGUCUGACUCGGGAUGCAGCCUUGUCCAGGCUGGUGCUGUCCAGCAUGCAGAGUCUGGCUUCAUCGAGUGGCCCAUCAACAUCUUUCUCUUCCUCCUCCUCAUCUACACUGAGCUGCAGAGUCAGCAGACGGACGGCUUCCUCUCAGAAGAGCAUCGCCCCUAACUCCCAGUAUACACGCUUCAAUGACUAUAUGCAGGCGGCCAGCAGCCUGAAGCAGCACGAGUCUCUGCGUUCCUGUAAACGCUGCGGUUCACCAUCAACAUAUUCAGCUGAGGCUCAGAGGGCCACGUGCACACGACUUAGCUGUCAGUUUGACUUCUGCACCCACUGUCAGCAGGCCUUCCACGGCUCCACCCCCUGUAAAGAGGUGCAGCCCCGAGCCCACUUCACCUCUUCCAAGUCGACUCAGAUCCUCCCAGGCAGCGCUCGGAGCAAAAGGAACAUCCGGCGGCUGUGAGGGAGCUUUAAUGAGUUUUUAAUCACUGACUCUUUUAAUGGGAUCAUCUUUCCCUCCAAAACUAGGGAGAGUUUUUACACCAGUUUGGACUAUAGUGGCAUUUGUGAAUGCACUGUUGGAGAAAAAACUACUUCAUACUGAACUCUGGCUGCACCUUAUUUAGCAAAAUGACUGAAGCACUUGUCAAAUCACUGCUGGAACAAUCAACCAGUGAGUGUCGUCUGGCUAAAAUUGCUAUCGUCUGUGAGCGACAAAAGCAUCUGACGCCAAAAAAGAAAACAGAAAUGUACAGUUUUAUAAUGUUUUUAAAAUGAAAUGGAUGUAAAUAUAUUUUAAGGAAGAAUUGUUAUUAUUUUCUAAAUAAAUGCUCAUCUUCUUGUGGUCUUAAAAUGUUAAUAUUUACUGUAUUUGUAUUUUCUGUAAAUACACAUUUUCUUAAAAUGUAUUGUGUUUGUGAUUAUUCAGUCUGUUAUUAUAUCAGAGCUGACUGCAGGCUCUAUACAAUGCUAUUUGUAUAGCACAUUUCAUACAAAUGUCAAAUCACUGUGCUGUACAAAUUUAAAGGUGUCAAAAAUAAAUAUACAAAAUUUAAA